CACGUGGUCUCCCUUAGCAACGUGCCUGGGCUUCCUUAGCAGCCGGCGCCGAGCCGCGAGUGGAGGCAGGGCCGGAGGAGCGGAGCGGGCCUGGAGCCUCGGGGACCCGGGGGCUGUUACCAUCUGAAAAUGAGUCACUUAUACAAUAGCAUUGAGCCAAACGUUAUUGAUGAUGAAAUGGUUCAGAAAGCCAUUGAAGAACAGUACCCAGAGGACAAAAGAAAGCUUGCCAAAAGGGAAGAUAUUAACUUUAAGAAUGUGACGGAGCUACAGCUUAGUUUUAGAAAUAUCCUACAGAUUGAUAAUCUGUGGCACUUUGAGAAUCUGACUAAACUGCAGCUGGACAACAAUGUCAUUGAGAAGAUAGAAGCUCUGGACAGUCUGGUUCACCUUGUAUGGCUCGACCUGUCCUUCAACAAUAUUGAAGUAAUUGAGGGCCUGGAUACCCUUGUCAAACUGCAAGACCUCAGUCUCUACAAUAACAGAAUAUCUAAAAUAGAGCACAUGGACAUGUUGCAAGAGCUACAGAUUUUCUCCAUAGGAAAGAAUAACCUGAUCACUCUGCAAGAUGUGAUCUAUCUCAGGAGGUUUAAAAACUUACGGACACUGAAUCUCAUUGGGAACCCUCUUUGUGAUGAUGAGCAGUAUACGCUAUUUGUUGUUGCACACCUUCCAGACCUAGUAUACUUGGACUUCAGGCUCGUGUGUGACACCAUGCGAGAAGUCGCAGUUUUAAAGUAUCAAGAUCUUACUGAGCUGUUGGAAAGUGAGGAGGCUCAGGCCCUGGCUCAGCUGAAGGAAAAACAGGCAAAGCAGAAAGAGCUGGAGUACCACAAGACAGCCUUUGUUGAGUACCUGAAUGGAUCAUUCCUGUUUGACAGUAUGUAUGCAGAGGAUACAGAAGCUGCCAAACUGACUUGCCUCCCUGGAGUGGGUGAACUGCUGCAAGCGUACAGGAAGGAGUUUGUCUCAGUUUGUGAGAACCUUUUCAACUACGGUCUGAAAGAGUAUGAAAACCGAGAAGCUGAAGUCUCUGAUUUCUACAAAAGCCUUCAUGAAGCAUUAACAGCCAACCAGCAAGAAGGCAGGAAAAUAAUCCUAGACUUUGAAAAUCGGAAGAAAAGGAGGCUGGAUGAGAUUCAUAAUGCCAGUAGUUAUGAUAUUGCUGAGUCUAAACGAGCCAAGUACAAGGAGGACAUACUUCAGCUGUCAGAAGCACUCAUGACCUUGGAAAUGCUGAUAGCUGACCAUCUGGAGGAACAAAUAAAGGAUUUUAAAGGAAACAUUGCUGUCACAGCAUCAACAUUGAUUGAAAAUGUUAAAGGGAUGAUGACCCAGUGCCGGGACCUGGAAAACCGUCACCAUGAAAAGCUGCUGGAGAUCUGCAUCAUGACACUGGAGAAAUCAGUCAAGAAUGAGCUUGAUAAGGAUUUGCCAGCUGAUGUUCAAAUGCUUCUUGUGGACAAAACCACCAUUGUCGAUGCAGUCAACGCGUCCCAUGGCAUCCGCCUGCUGAAGAUUGAUAAGCGAGAGAGCAACAUCCUCAGCAAUACCUACCGCUGGCAGGCCUCUGUGACAGAGAAGGCUUUCCAAAACGAGAUUGACAGAAACCGCAACCGUGUCAAAGAGAUCAUUCAAUACAUUGACCGUCUCCAGGAGGAGCUGGAUAACGUAGAGAUCCUGGAGCCGAUGCAGGCAUGCAAGACAGCCCCCGACAGGGAUGGCUGCCUCUUUAUGCCUGAGCUGCCUGGGAUACUUCAGGUCGAAGGCAUUACUUCUUCCAUCCCACCAUGAACUGCAAAUAAAAGAUACUACUUGACUCUGGAAAAGCGUACAAAGCUCUGCCUCUUCCAUCAUGUUGGCAUGAAGCCCCUGCAGACAGAGCUCAGACCUGGUCACAAGGGGUUAUGGAUCAGCUGUGAACUGAUUGAACCAAAUCAUCGUAGCAGAUCAUGCCUGAGAGCUUUGGUACCUGCAAGCACAGUGGCAGGAACCUGUGAGCCGAGGGCACGUGGCAGCAGCCUGGGAGAGGAGUGCUCUCCAUCAAAACACCCCCAAGAUAACAGCAGGUUUCCAGCUCAGCAAGCACAGGGCUGGUGGGGGCUCUGCGUGCCCAGGAGCCUUGUCUGCUCACCGCCUCUCGCAAAAGCAGCUUUCUGCAGCGUGAACAGAGCAGCCCCCAGCUAGCAGGAAGGGAAAUCAAUGGUUCCACAGGAGCUCACACACUGCCGCUCGCAACAGCCAGAUGAGGAGUCAUUAAUUCCCUUCCUUGCUCAGUGACAGCAGCUGCUACGCUCACUUGUGGGCAGCUUCUGAGGAAUAAUGCUGGCCGGGGCGGUACUGCUGGAGGCAAGCAGAGAGUAGAAAGGUGGGAAGGUUAAACGAGAGGGUGGCUGCAUACGCGCUCUGGGGAGACCGGGUCUCUCAGAAAGCCCUGUGGCUGGUGCUGCCCAUCAUACACAGAUUUAGCUCAUAGUGCUCUGUGCUUUUGAAGAUGGCUGGAGCCCAGGUUCCCCCAUUCUUGCUCCAGGACCGCACUGUUGUCUCCCUGCUACUCCCUGGCUACAAGGACAGAGCACCUGGCACGGCGAGGCUCACACAGAGAUGCGGAGGGAGCAGAU